CAACAAAAUAACAAUUCGCAUUUAAAAAAGCUAACUCAUCAAGUUUGGAUUCCUUUAAUGACGCAGCCGUUCGACGUCGACUCAUACGCAGCGGCGCGGCACUCGCAGAGCAAAACGCUCUCGGACGUGCAUUCCGAGCUAGCGCAUCAGCAAAAGCAGAACCAACAGGAGCUGCACCAGCUGAUAAGCAGCCGCUACAAGGACUUCCUCAACCUCAGCACGCAGCUCACCGGCAUCGACACGACGAUAGCCCAGGAGACACAGCCGGAGCUGCAGCAAAUCACGCAGGCGAUCCACCACACCCACUCCGACCUCUCCCGCAGACUCGCCCUGAUUGACCGCAAGCUCGCAUACCGCGCGCGCAUUCGCGAAAAACGCGCGCACCUGCGGAUGCUGCUGGACAUCGCGCAGCUGAUCCGGCGCGCAAAGGGCGCAAUGCAGGAGAGCAACGAGGUCGACGCGCUGGAGAGGGCGGCGGCGGACCACGCGCAGAUCCGCUACUACGUGGCCAAAGCCUCGGACACACCCGGGCUGGCGCAGCACGCCUUUCUCGAGGACGCCCGAAGGCAGUCUGCCGAAAUCGCCGCGCGCCUGAUGGCCGCCCUCGGCACGUGUCUGGAGCUACGCGUGCGCGCAUAUGCCGCGCGGCCAUCGGCUGCUGAGGCUGCGCCGGUGGCCCACUGCCUGCGCGCGUUCGCAACCGCGGAUGCCGGCGCCGAGGCCGAGGCCCUGCUGCGCGCCCACCUGGUGCGCCCGCCGCUGCAGCAGAUUAUGGGCGCUGUGCGCGCCAAGGGCCUGUCGGUGGACCCGGCGGAGUUCCGCGCGCUGCUGCGCCAGGCGCUGGUGUGCGCGCGGCACCGCGGGCCCCCGCUGCUUGGCGCAGUUGCCGAGCACGUGCCUGGGACCACAUACGACCUGGCGCUGCGCGUGUUCUGGCAGGAGACGGCGGCCGAAAUCAUCCGCGCGCUGCCGCUGGUGUUCGUGCCCGGGUCGCCCGACCUUUUCCACGGAAACUACACGGCUGCGAUGGCGUUCGCCGCGGCAUUUGCGCGGCUGUUCGGGCUGGGGCUAGACGACCUGGCGGACUUUGCGCGCAAAUGGCAGCUCUCGGCGUACUUUUCGCUGCGCCGGCGCCAGAUCAUCGACGCCGUAGAGGGGCAGGGAGAGGGGCCGGGCGCAGACCCGGCGGCUCCAGAAUCGGAUCCGCCGGACCCGGCCGUGCGCGCCAUCGGCGCCCUGCGGCAGUGCUGGGACGCCCGCGUGGUGCUGCCGCCCCUGGGCUCCCGGUUCUGGCACCUGUCGCUGCAGGUGCUCCAGUGGGCAGCGGCCGCCCUGGCGCUGUCGGCCGAGCGCCUCGGCCGCAGCGGCCCCUCCGCGCUGCUGCAGCUCGCGCACUCUGUCCACGAGCUGAUGCAGCACGCGCGCACACUGCCAGCCAUGGCGCUGGAAACUACGGGCGCGGCGGCGGACUGCGGCUCGGCGUCGGUGCUGGGCGCCGCGCUGGCGCACGCGCUGCAGCCGCUGGACGCGCUGGCAGAAUCCAUCCCGGCGCGCGUGGCCGCAGACAUCGUCGCACGGGCCUGCGCCCCGCUGGCCACGCAGCUGCGCCGCACCGUGUCGCUGUUCAGGCACACUGGCCGCCCGCCGCCCACCGCCGCCUCCGCCUACGUCGCGCAGCUCUUCAGCGAGCUCGCCACGGUCGAGGCUGCGGCGCGCGAGGCGUACGACGGCGGCUUUGCCGACGAGCUGUGCCUGCGGGUGCGCCGCGGCGUCUGCCACGGCGUGUCUGCAGCCGUGGCGGCCGCGGCAGCCGAUGCGCUGGCGGCCGUCAGCAAGACCGAGGCCAGCCUGCUGCGCCUGCGCGGGUCGGCGGCGCGCAGCGCAAGGCCGGCCGCGCUGGCAGCGGACGAUGCGCUGGUGCCCGCCGGCGUCGACCUGCGCGGCUCGGUGCCGGGCUCGGACAACGACAAGAUCCGCCGCCAGGUGUGGCUCGACAUCGCCGAGACCGCGCGGCUGAUCUCCGCGCUGGGCGCCCAGCCGCACGCCGAGUUCUCCAGCCUCCUGCGCGCAAUCGCCCCCCUGGGCACCUGAGCUUUCAUUUUAAUUUGAUUUUGAUUAUUAAUCCGCACCCCCCCCCCCCACCUCAAA